GCGGGGCCCUUAAAGCCCUGGCCCUUCAGAAGAAAGGGGGUCCCGGGGCGUCCCCUUACCCGCCGGACCCUGCCCCUGGCGGGUUCGGGCGUCCUCCCCGCGCCGGGCUGGGGUCCUUACCGGGCGCGUCCCGACCCAGUCUUCCCACCGCCACGCGUUCGCACGCGCCCCCGGGGGGACGAGCGUGGGGACGAGUCCCCGAGGGCGCGUGGGAAAGUGUUCCGCUGCGUCGAUUAGCUGGGUGACCUUUGGUCGGCACCCUCACACGGCGGAGGCUCGGUUUCCGUGUCUCUGAAAUGGGCCGGAUAAUAGAACCGCUGCGGGGGCUGGUUGAGAGCAUGCAAAGAGAAGUAACGGGCCGCGACAGCGGGGCCGUCACUCGGCACGCGCGCCGUGAAUGUUAGCUAUCCUCGGGGAUGGUGGCGGCCCCCUCCUGGCCCCGGGGCGCGAUGGCCGCGCCGCCCCGGCACCUGAGCCCGCCAUCCCUGUCCCCAGCCCCGGCCCUGGACUCGGCGGCCGCCGGGGACCUGACGGAUGCGCUGUGCGAGUUUGACGCGGUGCUGGCCGACUUCGCGUCGCCCUUCCACGAGCGCCACUUCCACUACGAGGAGCACCUGGAGCGCAUGAAGCGGCGGAGCAGCGCUAGCGUGAGCGACAGCAGCGGCUUCAGCGACUCGGAGAGUGCAGAUUCACUCUACAGGAACAGCUUCAGCUUCAGUGAUGAGAAACUGAAUUCUCCAACAGAUUCCGCUCCGGCUCUGCUCUCGCCGGCUGGCACUCCUCGGAAAGCCAAACUAGGAGACACGAAAGAGCUAGAAGACUUUAUUGCUGAUCUUGACAGAACAUUAGCAAGCAUGUGAAACAAGGAGAAGCUCUGGGUCCUUUCAUCAUAAGGGAGAAGCUUCGGAAAGCUCCAAGGACCUGGUAAAAUGAGAGCAGACAGAGAUGAGCGCUCACCUGCCACCAGGCCAUUCUCAGGCUUGUCCUAACACCAGCCUUUGAGAUCAUCUCUGGGCAAUUUAGACAGUGACACUGACUUGGUUUACCAGCUUACAGCUUAUUAGAACAGAUGAUCCACGCUAAUAUUCUAUUUUCUCUCAAAACCUAGCUUUCCUGUAAUUUAAAGUGCUUUUGUGAACAUAUUUGUAAUUAAUUAUAUAUAGUUGGAAACAGUAAUAUGCUUUUCCCAGUAUAAUAUAUUUUUGUAUGCAAAUAAAAUUUGAACUAGA